GACAUGGUUUCUAUUGUUGUUGUUUCAGCAGGAAUGGUAUUACUAGGCUUUUUAUAAUAUUUAGAUAAAUUAGUAGUAUCAUCCAUCUCUAUUUUUGGUUCCCCAUCUAUUAAACUAUUGCGCAUGUUUUGUUUUGAUUUAUUUCCCCUCUUCGGCCACCGUACCGCAUUAACCCGUGUCGAAGUGGUGAAAGCAGCCUUCUCAUUGGCUGGAAUAUAAAGUAAGGACGGGUCUUAAAUAACUUUCUUCUUUUUAUGUUAGCGCACUAGCUAAUAAUUGGUCUUUGCACCCUAUGUAGUGUACUAUAUGAGUUAUUUUGGUAGAUUUGGGAUUAAACCCGGGUUUGUUUGGUCCAGUAUAAACCGUAUAUGGUGGUUAGUCUCUCUAAACCCGAAGACUCUCCUGUGGCUCUUGCCCAACAUCUCCUUGAUGUCGAAGCACAAACUCAUCCUGCUGCGGCAUGGCGAAGGGGCGUGGAACAAAGAGAACCGCUUCUGCAGCUGGGUUGACCAGAAGCUGAGCGAGAACGGAGUACUAGAGGCUCAGGAGUGCGGCCGGAUGCUGAAGCAGCACGGCUACGAGUUCGGCCGUGUUUUCACCUCGAUCCUUAGCCGCUCCAUUCAGACAGCGUGGCUCGUGCUGGAGGCCAUGGGCCAAGAGUGGGUUCCCAUCACCAAGUCAUGGCGGCUGAACGAACGCCACUAUGGCGCUCUGAUCGGCCUGAACCGGGCUGAAAUGGCGCUGAACCACGGGGAGAAGCAGGUAAAGCUGUGGAGGCGGAGUUAUGACAUCACUCCUCCCCCCAUCAAUGAGUCCCAUCCCUACUUUGCUGAGAUCUACAAUGACCGGCGGUACAACACGUGUGAUGUGCCUAAAGACGAGCUGCCCAAAACAGAGAGCCUGAAGGAGGUGCUGGACAGACUGCUGCCUUACUGGAAUGAUGUCAUCAUUCCUGAAAUUAAGUGUGGCCAAACUGUCCUCAUUUCAGCCCAUGGAAACAGCUGCAGAGCCUUGCUCAAGCAUCUAGAAGGUAUAUCGGAUACCGACAUUGUGAAGGUCACUCUACCCACUGGAGUACCGGUUCUGCUGGAGUUGGAUGAAAAUCUCCGGCCGGUGAAGCCUCGAGAGCUACUGGGAGAUCAGGCCAAAAUUCAGGCAGCCAUCAAAAAGGUGGAAGAUCAGGGGAAAGUUGUUGAGGGAAAUAAAUGAAAAA